CCCGGGGGGCGGGGCCUGCCGAGUCCGCGGCGUUCCCCGGCUGCAGCCAGGAGGGGGCCGAGGAGUGACUGAGCCCAGGGCUGCGCAGUCCGACACUGACUGGGGCACAAGCGGGCGACGCUGGGCCUGCAGCGCGGAGCAGAAAGCAGAACCAGCAGAGUCCUCCCUGCUGCUGUGUGGACGACACGUGGGCACGGGCAGACGUGGGUCCUGUGACCAGCUGCACUGGUUUCGUGGAAGUAAGAAGCCGGGACACUCACCCAUUUUCUGAGAAGCCAGAAUUCCCCUUCUCACCUUGGCAGACCCCACAACUCCCAGCCCCUAGUCCCAGAGGGAGUCUGUGGAACAAGCACAGGUCUCACCUCAGGGAAGCUCCAGGACUGGCAGGAUGGGCUCAGCCUGUAUCAAAGUCACCAAAUACUUUCUCUUCCUCUUCAACUUGAUCUUCUUUAUCCUGGGCGCAGUGAUUCUGGGCUUCGGGGUGUGGAUCCUGGCCGACAAGAGCAGUUUCAUCUCUGUCCUGCAAACCUCCUCCAGCUCGCUCAGGAUGGGGGCCUACGUCUUCAUCGGCGUGGGGGCAGUCACCAUGCUCAUGGGCUUCCUGGGCUGCAUUGGUGCCGUCAAUGAGGUCCGCUGUCUGCUGGGGCUGUACUUUGCCUUCCUGCUCCUGAUCCUCAUUGCCCAGGUGACGGCUGGGGCCCUCUUCUACUUCAACAUGGGCAAGCUGAAGCAGGAGAUGGGCGGCAUCGUGAUGGAGCUCAUUCGAGACUACAACAGCAGUCGCGAGGACAGCCUGCAGGACGCCUGGGACUACGUGCAAGCUCAGGUGAAGUGCUGCGGCUGGGCCAGCUUCUACAACUGGACGGACAACACUGAGCUCAUGAGUCGCUCUGAGGUCACCUACCCCUGUUCCUGCGAAAAAGGGGAAGAGGACAACAGCCUUUCCAUGAGGAAGGGCUUCUGCGAGACUGCCGGCAACAGGACCCGGAGUGGCAACAAACCUGAGGACUGGCCUGUGUACCAGAAGGGCUGCAUGGAGAAGGUGCAGGCGUGGCUGCAGGAGAACCUGGGCAUCAUCCUCGGCGUGGGCGUGGGCGUGGCUGUCAUUGAGCUCCUGGGGAUGGUCCUGUCCAUCUGCUUGUGCCGGCACGUCCAUUCCGAAGACUACAGCAAGGUCCCCAAGUACUGAGGCAGCUGCUGUCCACACCUCCCUGCCCGGCCCCUGACCUCAGGGCUCCCAGGGGUCUCCCUGGCUCCCUCCUCCAGGCCCGCCUCCCACCUCACUGCAAAGACCCCCUUGCCCACCCUGACUGAAAGUGGGGGGCUUUCUGGGGCCUGGCGAUCUGUCCUGGCCUAUUCGCUGUCAGCCUUGAGCUCUGGCUGUUCUAUGGUUCCUCUGCUCACCGCUCAUCAGGGUUCUCUUAGCAACUCAGAGAAAAACGCUCCCCGCAGCGUCCGUGGCGCAGGUGGGCUGGACUUCUACCUGCCCUCAAGGGUGUGUGUAUAUUGUAUAGGGGGCAACUGUAUUAAAAAUUGGGAGGGGGGGCGUUAGAUAAGGCACCCUGGGCUGUCAGGAGACUGCCUACUGGGCAGGUCAACUUAUUUCCACUAUGACAUUUAUAUCUUUGUUUUUUCACAAUUAUAUUGAAGGCAGUGGGAGAGGGUGGGUUUUACCUGAUAUUAAGGGGUAGCACCCCUUCCCCAGGCCUGAUGCAGGUCCAUCUAGACAGCUCAGAUUAGCCUGGGCCAUGCCCUGGGGACAGGGCUUAGGGGAGCUGGGUCGGAGGGGGUCUGCCUGGGUAACGAGAUCUGGCUUGGCCCUGAGCUGCUUAGGGACGGGUGAGUCCUUGGGGGCAUGGCACAGAGCUGGCCCUGUGUUUUCCAGGGUCCUGAGCUGUCCAGGGACAGGGAGGAGGAGGAUGGCUUCUCCUGGGAGAAGGUGGGCUGGCCUUUCUUGGCAAGCUGUCCUCUGGCCCCUGGGGAGUGGGGUGGGUGAGGCUGUGCCUUGUAGGGGGGAGACGGGAGGGGGCUCUGUGUGCACCAUUCUGUAAAACACACUCAAGAUUCUAAGACUAUUAAAGAAGAUUUAUAACAGUCUAGUCUGGAA